UGGCGGGAGUUGUUAGAAGUGUGAAGAAAUGGGUUACGAUUCAAAUGCCUAGACGUAUUUCGAAGUGAUAUAAGUUACAAACUAUAAAGAUCAUAAUAUUUAUUUUACAGGGUUUUACUUGGAAGUGAAUGGAGUGAAGAUUAGGAAAAAGACAUAAUGGCAGAUGACGUUACAGUUAUCACGCCGCCUUUGUCACCGCACGAGAUUAAGAGUGGAAAUGCACGCUCUGACACCGGUGACAAUAUCCACUUUAACUGGUUCACAUGUGCAGGGGAAGCAAGCCAAUGGGAUAUGAGAGUUCACCCAGAUAGUUUUAUAAUGAAAGGAGAAAUGAACAUUAUUGCAGAUUACACUAACAUUUGGAAAAGACUGAAGAAUCCAGUAGUUCUUUUUGGCAGAAAUUUUGAUCAGGAUUCAGCAUUACUGUUCCAGUCAAAAUUACUGUUUCGGAUAGCAACGAAAGAUUUCAUGAUCUUGGAUUCAGCACUGAGGCUGAGUUCUCACUUACCCAGUAAUGUUCCAGCAUCCUUGAAGCCUGGCACAGAUAACUACAUGCAGCUCCGGAAACAGAUCUGUGAGCUUAUGGCAUACACCCGCAGUUAUAUUGCAAGAGUUCUUGCUGAUGAGAAUAGCAUCUGGUUGCUGGGUAAUCUGAUCACAUCUCUUUCUGAAAAUCUCUUUGCACUGAGACUCUUGCUACGCAGCAUGAGGGACCUUCCAGAUUACAUUAUUAUGCAUUCAGGAAGUUCCCAUGGUAACAAGUGCUCACAAGCUUCUUAUCACCUGUUCCAUGCACAUCUGGACCUUCGAUGGUACCACCUUACAAUAUUGCACCAACUGGUGAAGUGUCAGAAUUUGUAUAUAACAUUGGACGAUUAUCAACAGAACAGUAAAGAUCACAAACUGAUAGAUAAGAAUAUACUAGAAGAGCAAGUUUUGCUUCUGCUGUCAGACCUCAUUGUAAUUGCAGUCACCAAAUUUGAAAGGAUGUCAUUAAAUGAAUCAUUGAAGAAGACUCCUUUCAGCUGUACAUGUGUUAGGGAAUUAUGGUUAAUGCUUCAGUUAUUUCUUGACAGACUCCAUGAGGUGGAACAUGGGAAAUCUUUUUGGUCAUAUCUGAACCAACUCUUGGAUGUUGUACUGGGGAAGAAAUCUUUAAGUAAUACAUCAGUCUACAACUGUUCUGCAUUGAGUCUACCAGAAGAAUAUACUUGCACAGAUCGAGUGAGCUUCUGUCUUUGGUUACUGGUUCAUUUAGCCCAGUUGAAUGGCUACACAGAGGAGGGACAGUAUGUUGGUACUGGCAGUGGAAGGGUGGAGAGUAAUUACCCUCAGCUUGAAGCAGCUCUCAAGAGCUGUGUGUCUGCUGACAGCACUGUGACAGAGGUGCAGUUGAGAGUCAUAGUUCGAUUGGUGACUGCACUUGUAACAGAAUGGUGGGAGGCAAGAAGUGAACCUGUUAUGAUCCUGUGGGAGUAUUAUCACCGCCGGCUCAAUAGUGCCUUUUUUAUACCCGGUGCAGCCCUAGACACAAUAGCUAUUAUGAGUAAAACAGGUGCAGGAUUAUUGCAGCAGGUGAAAUCUCGACUGGAAGUUUCUGAAGCAGCCCAGGAUGAGGAUAGUUUCAGUCUUUUCCUGUGUUUACUUGGCAAGCAUCUCAUGUGCUGCGUGAGUCACGGCCAGCAACGACACUGGCAUCAUAUGAAGGGGCGUAUAUACUCAAAGUUCUCGCCCAACAAACUGCUUGCUCUUACUGAGUUGGGCCUCUACCAUUUUGUUUCUCUGUUUCUUACAUUGGCUCUGACUGUGGAUUUGCAAGAAGUGAGUAAGAAGCUUCAAGAUCUACUCAGCUUGUUGCCCAUAGGGUCAAUUGACCUCAAUCGUCAACAUGUCAUUUUGAAGCUUAAUUUUGCUUUGAUGCAACUCUAUGUUGAAAGAGGGUUGGACAUUGCAGAUAUAGCUUUGCCUUUGCAAUCUAUUGGGAUGGAAUUAUGCACCCACAAAAGUGGGAACUCGGUGAUGCUUAUGAGAACUUUUGUUGAAGGAAUUCAAGAUAUCAUAGAUGUCAGUCCAACCUUGCAGCUCUCUGAACACUCCCUUAUAGGUGGCUGGAUAACACAUUACUUGUCUAACAGUUCAUUGGUAGAUUCUUGUCGACUUUUGGAUACUGUUAACUCCAUUGUGUCGAAGUUACGUCAGACCCUGAACUAUAUUAUGGAUGAGGAUUCCACUGAUGGAAGGCAGCCAAGAAAAAUGGUGGAAGUGUUGCUGCAGCAUGUUUUGCCAUACGUACAGUCUCAGUAUUCCAACACUGUCACACAGCCUCCAUUCCAAGUAGCAGACUUGGCUGCAAGUUUCACUCUUCUAGCACUGGAGCAGCCCAACUUCCAGACUCAGUCAUUUGACCAACUAUUUGGUUACUUUGUGACUUCAGAGAAAGUGAACAUCAGGUUGAUGAAGCGUUACUUGAGUCUUGUUCUGUUGGAGGAUACUGUUAUGAGGAUUGUUAUUGAUCCAUCGAAGAACUAUGAAAGCAUUGUCAUCCAAGCAUGGGUCAGGUGUUCUCUAUUGUCUGUGAAUGAAACAUCAGAAGAAUUGUCAGAUUUGGCAAGAGCUAUGGUCAGACUGCCUGUAAUUAAGGAUCUAUGUCAGCCAUCAGCAGUGUGUCUGGGAGAUGCAGAUGAUCCUCUGUUUACAUUUAUCAAACUUGUGGGACUCAAAUACAAGAGUCUUCAGGAUAUCCACAGGAAGUCACAAUUCCAUGAGAAGUGCCUCAUUUACUUCAUGCAGGUUGACAAGUGUGUGAGCUCUGUGGUCGGUUGUGCAACAUCAAGCAGUGAGCUUGUUAGUAGGAUCUAUGUGUGUGCUGCAUGCAUGGUGUGUCACUGUGGGCAGAUUUUGUAUACCAAGUCAAAACCAAACUGCUUAUUGCCAUCACUUGUUAAUCAUCUACUUCUGCCACAUGCCAUCUACAGGCCAGAAACCCAGUUGCAUCCCUUUAUAGCAUCUGCAAUAAAAAAGACAUUGCACCAGUUUAUUUUUGGGAUAGCCAAGUUGAACCCAAAACAAGAUGUCUUCAUAGCUCGGAUAUUAAGGGACAUUGUAAUUCAGUACUUACCGAGAAUAGUGGCUAAAAGUGGGAACAGUGUAAAUAUUGAAGGAGCCUUUACAACUCAUCCCCUUUUAAAGUGUUUUACGGAGUGUGAAAAACCAGAAAUUUGGAUAUUGGUGUUGGAAUCCUUGUCAGAAAAGUUCUUCACUUGCAGAGGAACUGUUCCACAUGAACAAGCUGUAUUGGCAUUGGGAUUUCUGAUGGAUGUAAUCACUUCAAAGAAGUUUUGUGUGGACUUAGUGAAGGAAAUUAUUGAUUGUUCACUAUUGAAGAUAUUUGAGCUUGCAAUGUUUGCAAGUGAUGGACAUAUUGCCAGGCGUCAAGCUGUAGGAUUUAUAAGAGCAACAGUUAAUAUCGAUGUGUUUAAGCAGAACAUUGUUCUGAGGGAAUCAUUUCUUUCUGUUUUUAUGAUGCUCUGCCACAAACAUCUUGCAUUUUCAUCAGCAUAUGUAUUUAGGCUGUCCACAUGUUUGGCUGAGCUGUGUCCAGAGUUGAUGGUGAAGUGUUUACCGCAACUUAAAGAUCUGGUUAAGACAGUAGAACUGAAGAGAGGUGUUGGGUAUGAUCCAGGAUUGAGGAAUGGCUUGGGAAAGCUUUCAUCUCUUCUUGGGAUACAAGAAACAUGAAAUGGAUCUGCUGUAAUAGCAUGUGUUACAUAAGUAUCUUGGGAGAGAUGCGUGCAAAAGGAAGAUGUAAAGGAUAUAGUAUCAUCACCAGCAUCAUCAUUACCACUACAGCCACCCUCAUUAAUGUUAUUGCAUAGAUGUGGUUCUGCUAAAAUGUCCAGUGAUUGAUUACUGUGUCUUUGCACUGUAAGUUUGUUAUGCCUGAUGCCUAGCAGGGAGUAUUGUUGCAUAUUGGAGAUAGAUUGUGAAAAUUAUUGUUUUUAAUUUCUGUCAUUAAAGCCCAAUGAUGGACAUCUGUGUUUAUUUUUGAGUAUGAUGUUGUGAAUAUACUGCACACUUGUCUAGUUCUCAAUGUAUGCAUUAAAUUUCAGAGGUCAGUAAGAAGAUCCAAGGUAGUGACCUUGAAAUUUAAUGCAUGCAUAUGCAACAAAUAAAAUAUGUAUUUUUCAUAGCAAUUCUUUCCAUUCUCU